CCUGAAAAAAACAAACAACGAUAGCCAGUCUGAUCUAUUACCUUAGCCCAAAUGCUUAGCUUAGUGUGAUGUGACUCUCAUCAACGGCAGCUGGAGGAGAAAAGAAGGUUCCGGAUUGAUAUACUGUAGUUAAUGUCAGAUACUCCAAGUUGUAUGUUUUUUUUUAUGCCCAUGUGUUUCCUCCUUAGUGGACUGCAUCAUGUCUCCGUGGACAGCCUGGAGUACAUGCAGUGUGUCCUGUGGUCUGGGCUCCGUGUUUCGCCAGAGAGACAUACUAAGGGAGGCGCUGCCCGGAGGAGCGUGCGGUGGAGCACAGUUUGACAGUCGAUCCUGCUUCGCUCAAGCAUGUCAAGUCGACGGUCAGUGGUCGAAGUGGUCAGAGUGGUCAGACUGCGAUGUGAAGUGCGGAGGUGGAGUCAGGCACAGGAACCGAACCUGCUCCGCGCCCCCUCCCAAGAACGGUGGGCGAGACUGUGAGGGCAUGAUACGCCAGACUCAGACUUGCAACAGCCAGUCGUGCACCACAGAUGUUGCCACUCAGACAGGUGAUGUUAGACACAUCCAAGU